UUUGUACGCCACUCAAAGUGAGUUUAACAGUUCACAACGAGUUUGGUACACGGUCAGUUGCCUGAUUUAGCUGAUCGUCUAAUUUUCUUUUCUUUUCGCGUUAAACGGUUUAAAUUCGAUACUUCCAGUGAUUAUAUAAAAGAGUGUGGUACGAUGAAAUUGUGCUUGUUACUUGCGGUCUGUGUCCUGGCCACACUGGCGCCACCCACACAUGCACUCUUGGGCGCCAAGUUGGCACUUUUGGGUUUGGGUAGAAAUUUAAUCAGUGGUGGUGGUGGCAACAAUGGCGGUGGCGGUGGUGGUGGUUAUGGCAGCGGCAACUACAAUGGUGGCUACUACGGCCAGCAGAAUCGUCCCGUCUACAAUGGUGGUUACGGUGGAGGCUACGGUGGCGGUUACGGCGGUAGUUACGGCGGUGGUUAUGGUUAUGGACGUCAGUCUUACGCCGGCAACUAUAAUUAUGGUGGUUAUAGCAACGGCGGUGGUUACAGCAGCGGCAACAGUGGUGAACAAGUCGUGCGUGUCAUCAAAGUCAUUGUACCCAAUGAGAAUGUCGGCUCCUCAUCGAAUUAUGCUAGUGGUUACACAGGUGGUUACUCCACUGGUGGUUGGACACCAAUUCCAGCGCCGCCACGUGUAGUACCAGUUGCGCCAGCACCAGCGCCCGUACAAACCACUUAUUACUCAGCGCCCGCACCACAACCUGUCGUACAAGUGGCACCAGCUCCAGCUCCUGCACCUGCACCUCAACCAAUUCAGUAUUCCACAAACGUUGCACAAUCCUAUGAGUACAGACAAUCUGCGCCACAGCCCGUUCCAAUUCAAGUGCAGGCACCACCAGCUCCUGCGUCAGUACAAACCACUUACAUUCCAGCGCCUGCACCCCGUCCCGUCGUACGUGUAAUCCCUGCGCCACAACCCGCCCAAGUCUAUCAGCCACCCUCGGUUGUGCUGCAACCACCUGCACCACAGCCCAUUGCUCCACCCGCUCAACAACAAGAAGUCGUGAAAACCAUCCGCAUCAUUGUCGACGAGGAUGCUAACAGCCAGCAAGCCGAUUUCAAUGGCGUACCAGCUCAAACCUAUGGUCCACCACCACCACAGCCACAGCCUGCACCACAACCAGCUCCACAACUCAGCUGGAGCAGCAGCAGUUCAUCGGGCGGUUGGAAUAAUGGUUACAAGAGCGGUGGCAUCUGGGAGAAACUCGGCUGUUAGCCAAUAGCAUUUUAGUUAAAAACCGAUCAUAUUUUUAAUUUUAUAUAGUCUACCCAAUUUUCCUGUGUCAUACCAAACAUUUGUGUUCUCGAAGUGCUUAAAGAUUGUUUGUUUACGAAUAAAGUUCGAUAUUCUUUUCGAAGAA